CUUAGUUAGGCUAUGGCGUUACCGUGUAUGUAAUAAACAUCAAUAAUUGUAUUUAUAAAAUAAAUUUCUUAGUAGACACAGAUCAAUAUAUAUAGAAACAUCGUUUUUCCAACCCAGCAAUAGAACAAGUCACUUGUCGGAGUUUGAAAAAUGCUAUUUGCUACUUGGAUUCUGAGUGUGUUUUUUAUCGUUAAAGAAAGCAAUACUGAUGAGAACUCUCGUGAAUUUCAAAGAGCAAAUGGAAUCAACGCUACAAUAGAUGGCUACCUACCCCGGUGUCCAGGGUGUGUGGUGUUUGGGAGGGAUCCACUGAUAGUCUAUGGCAAGUUUCAUCUACCAAAGGACAUGUGGCACAUAAUGACACAAGAUCCCCCGCCCCUACAAACUGAACCAAUUUUUUUUGUCUUAUUUUGCGAUUCCGGCUGCGAAGACUAUGAAAAUAGGAGUAAAUGGUCUGGGUAUUGCAGGUUUGGAAAGCCUUUCUUCAGACAAGACGGCUGCAAAUUAAGUGAAACAGAACCAAAAUUCUCCAUGGCCGAUUGCUACUGUGAUGACACUGAACCGAUGCUCUGGUUUGCUGUGAUACAACCAAAUUAUUUUAAUAAGACUAAUAUGGUAAUCCGUGUUGUUUGGGAUGAAGAAAUUGGGUCAAGAUGGUUUCCACUCCAGACUUAUAACACUAUUUAUCUGAAGGAUAUUUUUGAUCGUGGCCAUAUUGUUAUGUCUCAACAAAGAUCUACGAACAGAUCCAAGUCCUGGACGUCGGAUCUUCUGCUGGAGUUGACCUCAGUUGUCCUGGCCUUUGGUACCGUGGCUUUCUUCAUGUCUUAGGCUGAGAUCCUGCUCAUUGGUGUCCAUUAGGGUGUGACCAUUACAAAUCUCGGAACCAGGCAACUCUAUAUCACCACCAGAUAGAAUGUAA